CGCUGGUGAGCAGCUCGUUUCGCGCAUCCUCCGGUAGAGACACCUGUGCCGCCGAUGCUGCGGAUGGCGCAACCUUUGCGUUACGUGGAAUAACUUGCAACCCGGUUACCUUGUUCUUCUCCAGUCCGGUUUAGAUUUGUCCUCUUCUUCCUCUUCUUCCUCCUCCGUGCACCGGCCGGCGUCUAAAGUUGUGAUGAUGCCUCCGCUCAGCCUCCCGGUUUGGUAACAUCCUCCUGCGCGAGAGGGCGAUCCAUCAUUCGCGCGUGAUCGAACAGCACUUGUCCCUCGGAAGUGGACAAAACAUGGACUAAUUUUUUUGUUUUUGUGUACACAUUCAGGAUGGAAUUAUCUCAGCUAUUUGCGUUUCUCGCCGUAUUUUGCGCCUCCCCAGCAGUUGUAGGCUUCGGGGUGGACCCUGCCCUGCGCAUCAGCCCGAUUGAUGAACUAACGCUCGGAGAAGGCUUUGAUGGAGUUACUCAGGUCCAGGGCUUCCACAGCGAGUCCAGAGCUUUCCACUUCCAAGGAUCUGCCAGGGAAGUGACGGCUCCUGCUGAGGUCUCAGAGCUGAUGGUCCAGAAAUUGAGAGGCAAGAGUGAGUUCACCGUGCUGGCGACCCUCAAACAAGAUCACCUCAACUCUGGGGUCAUCCUUUCCAUUCACCACUCCGAGCACAGGUUCCUGGAGCUGGAGAGCAGCGGCCAGCGCAGUGAGAUUCGUCUUCACUACCGUACCAAAGGCCAACAGCCCCACACCGAGGUGUUCCCUUACAGCCUGGCUGAUGACCAGUGGCACAAGGUCUCUGUGGCCGUCAGUGCCUCUCAUGUUAUACUGCACGUCGACUGCAACAGGAUCUACGAGCGGGUCGUGGAGGCCCCGUACAUGGACGUACCCGAGGACGCUUCCUUCUGGCUCGGACAGAGAAACACUGCCCACGGCUUCUUCAAGGGCGUGAUGCAGGACGUGCAGAUCCUCGUGAUGCCACAGGGUUACAUCGCACAGUGUCCAGAUCUGAACAGAACAUGCCCAACCUGCAAUGAUUUCCACGGACUUGUGCAGAAAAUCAUGGAGUUGCAGGAUAUCCUCGCUAAAACAUCAAGCAAGCUGUCCAGGGCGGAGGAGAAGAUGAAUGGGCUGGAUGGCUGCUAUUGUGAGAGAACCUGCAGCGUCAAGGGGGUCGUCUACAGGGAGGACGAGGGCUGGACAGAUGGCUGCAGGAACUGCACAUGCACGAAUGGCACGGUGCAAUGCGAGGCCGUGUCCUGCCCUCCCUCUCAGUGCCUGGCGGGCUCGGCGCCUGCCUACGUGAAGGGGGCCUGCUGCAAGGAGUGCCAGCCCGUCUGCCUGUUUGGUGGAAGAGAGCUGGUGGACGGGGAUCAGAGGGCUGUGCGGGACUCCUCUGGCAGGUGCCUGCUGUUUGAAUGCACGGACAGCAGCAUGCGUCGCACGGCCCCCGGUGAGCCGUGUCCCGAACUCAACUGUUCCGAGUCGGAGCAGAUCACCUUGAAUGACAGAUGCUGCAAAGUCUGCAGAGGUCAUGACUUCUGCUCCGAGGGCCACGGCUGCGCGGAGCACUCCGACUGUGUGAACCUGGAGGCAGGAGACUGCUGUGUUUGCAAGGAUGGCUUCCGCCCGCUGCGAGACGAUAACGCCUACUGCGAAGAUAUUGACGAGUGCGCUGAGGGGAAGCACUACUGCAGGGAGAACACCAUGUGCGUUAACACCCCAGGCUCCUUCAUGUGCAUCUGCCAUACGGGCUACAUCAGGAUCGAUGACUAUUCCUGCACAGAGCAUGACGAGUGUCUCACCGGGCUCCACGACUGCGACGAGAACGCCUUGUGCUUUAACAUGGUCGGAGGCCACAGCUGCUCGUGCAAACCGGGCUACACGGGCAACGGGACGGUCUGCAAAGCUAUGUGUGACGGAUUGUGCCAGAAUGGGGGAACCUGCGUCUCCCCUAACAACUGCGUUUGCCAGCAAGGGUUCACGGGAAAGAGAUGCGAGACAGAUAUUGAUGAGUGUGCGGACGGCUUUGUCGAGUGUGAUACUAAAUCAACUUGUGUCAACUUGCCCGGCUGGUACCACUGCGAGUGCCGUGACGGCUACCAUGACAACGGCUUGUUUUCCGCCAGUGGGGAAUCGUGUGUAGAUAUCAAUGAAUGCAAGACGGGGCGGAACACCUGUGCCAACGACACGGUGUGCUUCAACUUGGACGGAGGCUACGACUGCCGGUGCCCCCACGGCCACAACUGCACCGGUGACUGUAUCCACAACAACAAGGUCAAGCACAGCGGGCAGAUCUGGGUGCUGGACAGCGACCGGUGCUCCGUGUGCUCCUGCCAGGCCGGUCAGGUGAUGUGCCGCCGGAUGGUUUGCGACUGCGACAACCCCAACGCCGACCUGUUCUGCUGCCCCGAGUGCGACCCUCGACUCAGCAGCCAGUGCCUGCACCAGAACGGCCUGGUCACCUACGGCAGCGGGGACACAUGGGUGGAGAACUGCCAGCAGUGCCAGUGCCUGCAGGGGCAGGUGGACUGCUGGCCUCUGCCGUGCCCGCCCGUGGACUGUGAGUUUACCGUGGUGCCCGAGGGCGAGUGCUGUGCCCGCUGUGUCACCGACCCCUGCCAGGCGGACACCAUCCGCAACGACAUCACCAAGACGUGCACGGACGAGCACAACAUCUCCCGCUUCAGCGGCUCCUCCUGGAUCAAACACGGCACAGAGUGCACCCUGUGCCAGUGCAAGAACGGACACAUCUGUUGCUCGGUGGACCCCAUGUGCCUUUAGUCCAGGCGGAUCUGAAGGUACCUGUACAGUGUUCUCCAUGUUAAAACAGAGUAACACCACCCUUAUGUCUCCUCACCGUCCUCCUCACAGGCGUAGGUCACAUAGUGUUUGCAUUUUUAGGAUUUGAUUUUGCCUGCCAAACCAGAUGGGUGGGGAUUACGAGCCAGUAUCAUUUAUCAAAAACAUCAUUGUUAAAAUACAGAUAAUUAUACAAAUUUAACCGUCGGGUACUUUUCCGAUUUAUUGUGUGCUCCACUUUGUAAACCCCAGCCAACUGAAAUCUCGUGCACGUCCAGCGUUAACGGUGUUUUUGCAAAUACUCUCUGACCCACGUCUGCCCCUUAACCCCUCUUUAUACCAAAAGCAGACCUAUACCAUACCAAACAGACCCACUUUGUCCUCUCCGUCCACUUGACAGGGACCCCUUAGGGAUCGCUGUCCCCCACUCUGCAUCAUGGCUACAUAAGUCUGUAAGAUAUUACUAUUACUGGCAUGACUGUGCUUGAUGUCCAAACAUUUUAGCUGAUUUCCACAAUCGCAGUGAUGAUGAUACCUUAGAUAGAGUAGGCAGUUAAAGGCAGUUAAGGUUCCGUUGCCACAUUUAUGGAUCGUCUAUAUUAUGUGGUGCUUUGUAGCGUUUGGUCCCAUUUCUCUUUUCUUUUCAAGCUUGUUAUUGUGUAAUAGUGAAAUAAAGUAUUUCCAUUUACAUUUAA